AUGCAUUUACUUUGUACGACAAUCAGGGGCUCAGUUAUUCACAAGCAGUACUUCUAUGGAUCAGCCAUAUUGCUGCCGCUGACAUCAGUUUUUAUGGUUCUUCCCUUGCCUAACAUUCCAUUCUUUUGGAUCUUAUUCCGCACUUAUUCGCACUGGAGAGCUGCAAAGGGAAGUGAGAAGCUUCUUCAUGUAGUCACCGAUGAUUCCUCUGGUCCGAAUCAGCAUCUUGAGUCAAAGAAGAGUGAGAGUACAACAUUGAACUCUGAUAAAGGAAGUGACGAUUCUGUUGGUCCUCCAUGGGUUUUCGACCCGUCCAAGGAACUUGAUGAGGUUAUUCACCAUGAUGAUGCCAAUGGUCUUAGUAAAUGUAGUAUAAAAAAAAUCUGCGAGAAAUUCAAUUUGAAUACAUUGGAUGUUAUAAAGUACCAUGAGUCCAUGUAA